UUGAAGGUAUGCUAGUGUCCAUCCGUGGGUAGGAAACGUGAACGCUAUUUGAUUUACGUCACUCUCGGUCGAUGUUUAUCACGUUGAGCAUGAAGGUGGUACCGUAGUAGUAGUGGACUGUUCAGCUCAUCCUUCCUUCGUAUCCACCGCAGAAAUUAUGCUCUCUUUUGCUUGGAUCUCAGCUCUACUCGUGGGAAUUAUUUCUGCUCAUUUUUUGCAGAAACUUUGUUUUCCCUACUUUUGGAAAGAUUUCUUCUUCCUUUUGAGUUUGACUCGGUAUGGCAUGAAACUGGAGCUGUUCAGACUGACUUCUAGAGUGUGUACAGUCCUAGACAGGUUUAUUCAACAGGCGCACCGCAACCCCGACAAGGCUUUUAUUAUCUACGAAGGGAGCGUCCACACCUACAAAGACAUUGAGCAGCGCAGCAACAGAUUGGCAAAUGUUUUCCUCCAGAAACUUAACGUGACCAAAGGCGACUGCGUUGCCCUGCUCAUGAACAACGAGCCGGACUUCGUUUGCGUUUGGUUCGGAUUGGCAAAGGUCGGCUGCCCUGUUGCUUUUCUGAAUACAAACAUUAAGUCGAGAUCGUUGUUGCAUUGCAUCACCUGCUGUGGAGCCAAAGCAGUAAUAGUUGGUGCAGAUUUAGUAGAGUGUGUUGGUGGUAUCGUAAGCAACCUACUGGAGGACAACAUUCAAGUGUGGGCAAUGAAGAGCCAUUGUGGGGACACAAAGAUGGAAUCCAUAUUGGAUCACAUAGAUGCUGCCACUGAUAAACCUUUGCCGGCAGUUUUACGUGCGACCACCUCUCUCAAAUCCCCUACCCUCUUCAUCUUCACCUCUGGAACUACUGGACUCCCUAAGGCAGCAGUGAUCACUCACCUCCAAAGCUUGAAGGCAGCAGGAGGAUGCUGGGCAUUUGGGGUGACUAAAAAGGAUGUUAUAUAUAUCUCUCUGCCACUUUACCACAGCGCAGCAUCCCUGAUUGGGAUUGGAGGAACCAUUGAGCUUGGUGCAACAUGCAUCCUCAAGAAGAAGUUCUCAGCCUCACAGUUCUGGAAUGACUGUCGCAAACAUAACGUGACAGUUUUCCAGUAUAUUGGUGAAUUGUGCCGAUAUCUCUGCAACCAGCCCAAGACAGAGAUCGACAAGGUCCACUCGGUGCGGAUCGGAAUCGGGAAUGGGCUGCGUCAGGAUGUCUGGCAGGAGUUCCUUCGACGCUAUGGAAACAUCCAAAUGUGUGAAGUGUAUGGCUCCACGGAGGGAAACCUGUGUUUCAUGAAUCACAUCGGCAAGAUUGGCAGAGUGGGGCGUUCCAACUUCAUCUACAGGCUCCUGCUGAAAUACGAUCUGGUGAAGUAUGACAUGAUGAAAGAGGAGCCAAUGAAAGAUCAAUACGGUUUCUGUCAGCGAGUGAAAAAGGGCGAGACAGGGCUUUUACUAUCUAAAGUAAGUGCCCUGACCCCAUUCUUUGGCUACGCUGGAAGCAAGCAGCUGACCGAAAAGAAGCUGAUAAGGAACGUGUUUGUCAAGGGAGAUGCCUACUUUAACACAGGCGAUCUGAUGGCUGAAGACAACGAAGGCUUCAUCUCUUUCAAAGACAGAGUAGGAGACACCUUCAGGUGGAAAGGUGAAAAUGUAGCCACAACAGAUGUGGCAGAAACCCUUGGGUCAGUUGAUUUUAUCCAAGAAAUCAACGUGUAUGGAGUGGAAAUAGCAGGGCAGGAGGGAAGAGCUGGGAUGGCUGCCAUAAUUCUAAGACCAGGCUUCAUGUUUGAUGGGAGCAAAUUUUUUCAACACGUGGUGAUGGAGCUACCCACGUAUGCUCGACCCCUCUUCAUAAGACUGCAGGUCGUGAUGGAAAUGACAAGCACCUUAAAACAGCAGAAGUUCAACCUGGUUCAAAGUGGAUUUAACCCCUCAACAAUAUCAGAUCCUCUCUAUGUGUUGGAUUAUCAGCAGAACAGCUAUAUCCCUUUAACAAAAAGUGCAUACCAGAGUAUCCUCUGUGGAGAGCGCAAGCUAUAAGACUGCAAGUGCUCGUGAGAGUAAUGGCAGUGAUCUAAGAAGAAUUUGAUGAUUUGGCCUUGCUUCUUUCACUUUUUCAUCUUUCAAGAUAGUUUGACAGCCAACAUGACAAUAUCAAAAAGAUUACACACCAGAAAAUUAAAAUGCUAAACGUUAAACGUUGAUAUUUAAACACAGCUAGUAUUUGAUUAAAAUAUAAGUACAAAUUAUGUUGGGAAGAAAAAUCAGUCAGUACACAUUCAGAGUCUAAUGGGUCCUUCUAAUAAAGUGACAGUGAUUGUGACCGUGUUCAAAUGCGGCCAGCUACAAAUUGGCUGUAAAGCCACGGUGGCGGGAACAAGAGUUUUUGAGACAGUUUACGGAGGUCACAGACAGAAGCCUGGUGCUGAACAUUCGCCUCUGCCUGAUCAGUCCCCAGUCGUACACCAUCCUUUUUCCACCCUGCCUCCCCGAGCACACUACUGCAUCGAAACAAAAGAAUCCUGGCAAUAAACGGAAAAAAAAUCUUCAGCAGGUUAUUACAGAUGUUAAAAGAGCCUCAGGACGUAUCUAUUCAACAUGUUUAUCUGUCAUAUGCACGGUAGAAACACAUUGGUAGGACUGAGCUGGGAAAUUCUGACUUCGCUGUUCUCCCUCCGCAUUUUCAAAGAAUAUAAAACAUUAAAAAGAGCAAUUUGAUAUCAUCAAAGAUGAAUACAGUACCUAUGGGAAAGGGGGAUAUGCAAUGUAUGUAAGAAGAAUUU